GUGAGAGAUUGAAACUAAUAAUAAUGAACCAAUGGACUAAUCGGAAUGCAGACAGAGAUCUGGCGCGGUUUACAGCUGGAGACUGUCCGCGGCUUUUUUGGCAACGGUAAGGUUGGUCCGUUGGUUAAUAAACAAUCAGGUACACAGCGUUUUCCCCUUUCGCUACCAAAGCAUUUACCCCUUUAUUUCCCCCUUUUUUGGUUGUCUGGGUAUAUUUCCGCGUUUAUAACCGAUAGUUAUAUGGUCACCUUUAUGUGAAACUAUUAGAAGUUGUGAAGUUCAGCUAAUUUGUAAUGCCGAAUAAAUCAAAAUAAUAAUAUUUUGAAGUUAAUUGACUUCCUGCUAUUUUACAGAAUGCUAAAUUCUCUGCUGUAUAUUAUCCUAAUUAACCCUUGAACGGAAGGCACUUUUAUUUAAGGGUAAGAUUGUCUAGGUGUGUCAAAGGAAUGCUCGUAGCGUCGUAUAUGAAAAUUGCCAUGUAAGUGAGUUAAACAGUAUAAUAAAAGUACCUUCUGCAUUCCUUUGCACUGGUUAAACAAAGGCAUUAGUGUCUCAUUGAGAAACGGCCAUACUCGUGUUCAGUGGUGUGACCAAUAUUACUUUGGCACCAGGGCCACUUGACGUCAAGUUGAUAUUUCCAAAAUUUCUUCUAGAAAAUAAUAUGAAGACUGAAAAUUUGUCGAUAAGAGUAGUCAAGAUGCGAUUAUAAAGCCAUCUAUAUGUAAGUUUCCUCUCAGAUGAUUGACCGUCUAGUUGAAAUAAUUCGCUUUAAAACAAUGAGGACACUAAACUUUGGCAACCACGUAAACCACCUAUUAUCAACAUAUUCACUUAGUGUGCACGGGUUGUGAUAUGCUUCAUGCUGCAAACCACACGUGUAACACCAUUGAUUCUAUAAUAGACGCGUCAUCAAUAGAAUAUUUUAUGGUUUUAGUUCCUUGCGAUCUAAAAUCAAUUCUUAACUUUAUCGAAAGUGUCUUUAAAAUCAACCUUGAACUUGUGAAUUCAAAGAGCAUUUCAGGGUGGUUUGGUAACAUGACUUUUUACCUAAUUUUUAAUACUAUCAAUCAGCGUCAUUCAGUAUAGAAACAGUGCUUCCCCCUUCACUCCAAAGAUAUAUAAAUGUCUUGUAGCAUAUCUAAAAACGAGCUACAAAGUUAGCUAGUGGUUUUAAUUUAAAAUCUUUUGCGGAAUACCUGAAAAUACUGGAUCUGUAUUCUCCAUAUUAGUGAAGAUCCUCAAUAUCAUAAAUACCCAUAGGAAUCUUCUGAAAUGUUUAUUUGUCUUAAAAACUAACAUCAUAGGGAUUGCAAUGUGACAAGUUGGAUUGUAAACACAUUUUUCACUUCUUGAGAUUAAUCAAGCCUUAUGAUUACCUAGCGUUUUGUGAUACAUAGAAUUAUGUUGCGCUCUUUAUCUUUGACGUGGUGAUAGACUAUUAAUGGAUAGAAUAAAAACUCGAAUACAACUGUUCUUCAAUGUACGUUCAAGUGACUUCAUUGACUGACGUGCGGUAUGGUACAUAACUAGAUCUAAAUUGUAUUAUUGUCCACCAAUACCAAAAUUGUGAAUAUUGAAGUUCGUCCUCAAAUUGAUUAGCCUAAAUAUUUGGCUAUUCACUCCAUAGAGAAUUGACAACAGAUAAUAAGUCUUUGAAUAGCUUGCCACAGAAACAAUCUUAUAUUUUUGAUACAAGUUUAUUACUGUUGACGACUGGAUUAUUGCCCUGAAAGUUCAGAUAUUAAAAUCCGCCGAUUUUUAUUGUUACAUUUUGUCAAUGCGUGACGGAACAGUUCAGGAAUCAGCAUUGUCAACAGUGUGGAUUUGGGAUCGAUCGAAAUUGUAUUGCUGCUCUGCUUUGUUUGGGAAGGUUUCUCAGAGUCCUCAAGGUAGCUUUCUAAUCGCAUGAAUUUAUGUUGGCCAUGUUAUUUAAAGGACUGCGUUUCGCCAAACUGGGAGCUUAAUGAAAAUUGUGUGGAGUUUUGGAAUGGAACUUCCAGGGACAGUGGCGUUGAAAUCCUCACGUACGAAAAGUUCCAGAGUUAUUCGAACGAAUUGGUAGAGUUGCUCAAGUACCACCUGAGUUUCAAGCCUGGCGAAGGCAAAUUAUCAGUUGUUGCAGUAGUUUGGGCUCCACACAUACUGACAAGUGUUGUAAUACAUGGGAUUGUCAAAUCAGGACUUCCUUUCUUCCCUGUACUUAGCGCAUCGGCAUCCUAUGGCUUGGUGACGCUUAAAAACCACAUUGACGCCAUUGUUUUGCUUUGCAAUUCUUCUGAACUAAUUCCUGUUGAGGAUUUCUUAAAGUAUAAAAACAGUUCCACAAGUACAGUUGAUAGUUUAUUUUCAAGAAAUGACUGGUCUUUAUAUUUACGUUCCAGUCUGCUCUUCCCACACCUUAGUCCUUUUCCAAGUCCGUUCAUAGAACCUAAUAAACACCUUAUAUACAUACUAAGUACGUCUGGAAGUUUCAGCAAAGAACGAAAACUAGUUUGUGUGGCGGAUAGUUGCUUAACAGCUAAUGUUAUUGACUUAGGUAAUCGGUUCUCCAGUGGGAAACAUCAUGGUUCUGAGGCUAAUUGUGUUCUUCUAGCUUCACCCUUGACGUUUGAUCCGAGUAUUGUACAGAUUUACUUCGCACUAUUGACCCGUCGUACCUUAGUUAUAUGUCCCUCAUCAAUUCUCAAUGUACCCAAAAGCUUAUACACGUUGUGCAUGAACGCAAAAGUUGGUUGGCUGCAAUGCACUCCAAGUCAAAUCUCUGGGCUCGAUCGUCGUCUCCUCAAUAGGUUUUUGUCACAACCAAGUUUCCACGUUUUACUUGGUGGAGAACCAUUCCCCUUAAAUGAUCUCAGGAGUUUUAAAAACCACAAAUCUAUCCUUUAUAAUAUCUAUGGUACUACAGAAGUCUCCUCGUGGGCCUCUUUGUUUAAAGUCAGUUCAUUUGACAGAGAUUGUAUCAACAAUGAUAUUCACUGCGAAUGUUCGCCUCCUUUGCUUGGAUCUACACCUCUUGGGUUUCCGAUGCUAGGAACCAGUUUCUCACUAAUACCAUCCAAUAUGGAAAAUGUUUGGGAAUUGGGACUAUCCCGUCAAUAUGGUGGGUUUUACAUAUUACGUCCCAAAGAGUCAACGAUUACUAUUCAGGAAUUUUCCUACGCUCUUUCACAACUACAUUCUCAGAUUACAUGGCUUACUUCUGAUUUAGUGCAUUACGGUCAAUGUGGGAGGUGUUUAUGGUUUCUAGGUAGAAAAGACCGUACAAUAAAACGGUUUGGAUACCAAAUUUGUCUAGAACGUUUAGAACAUGUCAUAAAAACGUGCAAGCCACCAAGCGUCAAGAUCAGAAACUGUAGAUGUCAGGUUUUUGAAAGAUCAACUAAUCGAAACUCCAUCAUUUCAUUCAUUGAAAUUGAACUUUAUUCCCAUAAAUUUUCUAGAAGACCUUCAGUAUUUCCAACUUACAGCUACACAAAAAACACUAAAUCUCAUAUCCUUAAAAGACUAAAGUUGGUUUUCGCUCCGAACCAUCAACCCUGGAUUCCCACACAUUUUGUAUUUUCUAAUCGCUCUCUACCGAUUUCAUUACACGGAAAGUUAAUGUAUAGACUACAUAACGUUUUUAAAUCUUCAAUGUCCAUCAAGUACAAAGUUAUUGCCAUGUGGAAUGAGUCUCUUGGGUUAGGCAGAACGACUGUAACUCAUUGGGAUGCAACAUUUAUGGAGGCCGGUGGUUCCUCUUUAAUGGCAUUGCACCUAGUUGAAACAAUAAUCCAAGAAUUUCCAGUCUUGAUCAAUAAGAGGGAGAAUCUUGUAUCACUAAUAUUCGCGCAUUCAUUUUUCCGUGUUUGUGAGUUUAUUUCAAGAUGUUGCUCUAUUUCUAUGAAGUCCAAAACACGUUUUUCAAAAUCCAUUUCAACCAAAAAAGUUUAUCAAAGCAAAUUUGAAAAUGAAUUCCAAGUGACUGUUAAACAUAAUUACCAACAUCCAUUUGAUAUUUACACACAUGGUUCUGUAUUGAAGCUGCCUGACUUAUUACCCCAAACCCAAUUUAAAUUUUUGUGGCAACAUAAUCUGCAUAAGUGUGUAGACGCUUCGCCUUUAGUCCUUUCUGGUGUUCAUGGGUUUUCCAAUGGGUGUGCUUUCAUCGGAAGUCACUCCGGUUCGGUUUCUGCUUUGUAUGUAUCGAAUGGCCACACAGUAUGGCCGAACGCAACAGUGUCACUACCAGGUCGUAUCGAGGCCUCUUCCACACUUGGAUUCGCAGGUUCAAGUGCUGUACUUGUUGUUGGGUCCUUAGAUGGGAGUAUUUAUGGUUUGGAUAUUGAGUGUGGAACUUCUCUGUGCUCAUAUUACACUGGGGCGCCGUUAAGUCUCCUGGAUCGUAUGUAUAUGAUUACAGAUUUCUAGCAUGUGGUUCCCAUGGCAAACUAGUUCACGCCAUAGACUUACGUUCUCUGAACGAUAUGAAACCUAUUUGGACUAAUUCUUUUGAUGGAACACCCAUUGUUUCUCCCGUUAUUGUGUCAGAUAUGUCUCAAACGAGCACACCAUAUCUUAUUAUUGCAAGUCUUGGAGGAACUGUUGGUUGUUUAGAUCCUAGAAAUCCAUCACAUUUGGUUUGGAUAAGAGAUGGAAAAAUGCCUGUUUUAGUAAACCUCUUCUAUAUACGGACUCUAGCUACAAGGUUAAUGUUAUUAUAGCUGGAGUUAGUGGGACAAUUCAAUCAUUUUCUCUGGUGGAUGGAAAUAUUGAUUGGAAUUAUGAAUGUUCUCAAGAACUAAGUGGUCAUGCAAUAUUUUCAGACCCCGUUCUUGAUGCGCAGUCUCACAAUGUUAUUUGAGUACUAAUAAGGGCUUCUUAUUCGCUUUGAACGUUGUAAAUGGCAAUUUAGCAUGGAUGCUUGACUGGACAUUUGAUUCAAACUCCAAAAACCUAUGUUCCUUAAAUACACCUUCUGUAUUGCAAAGCGAUAGACACAGUUUAUUGAUUGGAACAAGAGCAGAUGGUUUGGUUUACGGGUGUUCAGUACCUUCGAGCCUAUCUGUCCGACGAAAAGCUCCUGCUGUAUGGUCGACUUACCACCUACCCAACCAGUGUUUCUCAUCUCCAGUUCUUUAUUCCGAAAACUCAAAUGAUGUAUAUAUUAUCACUGGAUGUAGAGAUAAUUAUGUUUACGGUUUAUCGUUGUAAACUCUUUUUUUUUCUAUUGUAGAAAUCACAUCACCCAAACAGUUUAUACUUUCUAUUUAUAAGUUAUUUUCAGAAUAAAGAUGAUAGUGGCUUUCUAGUUUUGAAUGUUUAAUACAAUGCGGAACUCUUAGCGUACUCUGUGACAACUAUACAUAAAAUAAGUAGAUAGAAUUAUAUUCAUUGAAAUAAAAUGUG